UCUCUCUGUCACUGGUCUGGGCCUGGGUUCCCUUAAGGCGGCUUCAAGACAGGCCCCUAAGACUUCUGUGCCGUCUGCCUCCUCUUCUACUCAGUCAUUCGUCUGCAGAUGUUUUGUUGAGCGCCUACUGUGUGCUACACACUGUUCUAGGUGCUAAAGUUACUGAGGGAACUCUGCAGACCACGUCCCUCAAAGCUCUAACUCUCAAAUGCGGCAGACCAUAAUAGUGUGGUUCAUCAAAGAGCUGACUGGCGCAGCAUCCAUGAGAAGAUCUGUCAGCUCCUGAUCCCGCUGCGCAUUUCCAUGCCCUUCUACAAUUCAGAGGAAGAGCGGCAGCAUGGCCUCCAGCAGCUGCAGCGGCGGCAGAAGCAUUUGAUUGAAUUCUGCUACACUGUAGCCCAGAAAUAUCUCUUUGAAGGGAAACAUGAAGAUGCUGUCCCAGCAGCUUUGCAUUCUCUUCGCUUCCGCAAGAACGUGCACGGCCUGAGUUCAGUAGAGCUUGUGCCUGCCUACCUGCUGUUGGCCGAGGCCAGUCUUGGUCUGGGGCGGAUCGUCCAGGCUGAGGAAUAUCUAUCCCAAGCCCAGUGGACCGUCCUCAAAUCAACUGAAUGUUCUUAUGCCACCCACUCUUUACUGCAUCGAAACCUGGGACUUCUCUGUAUGGCUAAGGAAAACUCUGAGGAAGCCCGUUAUCAUCUGGCCAAUGAUAUUUAUUUUUCCAGUUGUGCAUUUGGAACAGAGGACAUCAGGACCUCAGGAGGCUACUUCCAUCUGGCUAAUAUCUUCUAUGGCCUUAAUAAGUUGGACGUGGCAGACACGCUAUACACCAAGGUCUCUGAGAUCUGGAAUAAAUAUUUGAACAAUCACUAUCAAGUCCUCUCACAGGCUCGCAUCCAACAAAUAGAUUUACUGGGCAAACAAUUUGAGACUGACACUGGCUUGGAUGAAGCCCAGGAAGCAGAAGCCAUACGCAUCCUGACUUCAAUCUUGAACAUUCGGGAGUCUACCUCUGACAAAGCCCCUCAAAAAACUGUCUUCAUUCUGAAAACCCUGGUCAUGCUUUACCACCUAAUGAUGAAUCCUUCAAAGGCACAAGAAUAUGCCAUGAAAGCCUUCAGUCUAGCUCAAGAACGACAACUCAGCGUCCAUGAACAAAACGCCAUUCAAGAAUUAUUAAGUCUCAUCUCAGCUGAAGCAGCUCGUUCCAUUACGUAGUGACCUAUGAGUUCUGUGUCAGGGCCCGUUCCAGGGGCUGUUGAAUGUCUAACAUAUUCCAGCCUUCCCCAUCUGCUUUGAGGUAUGUACUAGGAAUUGCUCAAGUUCCCACUCUCUUCCCCAGUGACUGCACAUGUAGCUGUGUUUUUAUUCUUGCAUAGCACAUGUGAAGGAACCUUAGGCAUAGACAUCAGUAAAACCUGUUUAUCAUGACCUUUGCACUUGGCUUAUCAUAAUUUUGCAUGCCUUUGAGUCAUGUGCUGUCAGUUCACUAAUAUGGUAUUUGUAAUUAAAUUGUCAAUAGUUCAUCGUA